AUGCCGCUGACCGCGCUGACUGCGGACGACACCGGGCUUCUCAAGGAGGUAUCACUCGCGCCGGAGUCGUCCGUCGUCCGUCGGUGGGGCCAGCAGGCGUGCGGACGCGGCGUCUCGCGCGCCUGCUGGGGCCCGGGCGCCGAGGAGACGCAUGUGGGUGUCGGCCUCGAGGACGGCACGGUGCGGUUCUGGCGGCGGUCUGCGUCGACGGUGGCGAUCGCCGAGGAGAGCGAGGACGCCUCGCCUCCAUCUGUCGACUUCGCAGCCGGCGAAGAGAUCGGAAAGGGAGUCGCGCCGCACGGCGGCGGGCCCAACGGCAUCGCCGGGCUCUUUGCCCACGGCGAAGCCGCUCCGCGCGUCGUCGCCGGCGAGCGGACUGGUCGCGUGCGGGUGUGGGUGUGGCCCGACGGCAGCGCGGCUCACGGCCCGCAGGGCGAGCCGCUCGCCACGAUCGAGACGGGAAAGGCGGCGGCGGUGUGCCGUUCUGCUGCGGGCGGCGAGGGCGUCGCUGUCGGAGGGAAGGGCGCCGACCCGUCGGUGUGGUCGCUCGAGGCGGGCAAGGCGGUGUGGCGCGCGCGGAAUCUGCCCAACGACGAGCUCGACCUCGCGGUCCCCAUCUGGCUCACCGACCUCAAGGUUGCUGAGGGCGGGAGGCUCCUCGCGACGGGCCACGGCUUCGUGGCGAGCCGACUGCGCGGUGAGGUGCGGCUGUACGACACGUCGGCGCAGCGCAAGCCGGUGGCGCGCGUGGUCGCACCCUUGGGCGAGGAGGCCAUCUCCGCCGUCGCCGUCUCUGCGGACGGACGCCACGUCUUCGCCGGCAGCGUCAGCGGCCACCUGGCGCGGCUCGACGCUCGGAUGAGCCUCAAGCCGAUCGCUCUCCACCCGACCCUGCCACUGCUCGCGUGCGCCGGACUCGACCGCAAGAUGCGCCUGUACAACUGGGGCUACGGCGGCCCGGUGGCCAGCGUGUACCUCAAGCAGCGGCUGACCGCCUGCCUCCUGUCGAGCGAGGCUGGCACGGCGGCGGAGGUGCGCGCGCUGCGGCUGCGCGGCGCGGGCGACGACGAGGAGGAGGCGGACGCGAGCGACGGUAGCGCCGAGGAGGAGAGCGAGGAGGAGAGCGAGGAGGAGGUUGCGCCGCCGCCGCGCAAGAAGGGGCCGGCCGCGACCUUGAAAAUGCGCAAGGAGGGGCCGCCCACGAGCCGGCUCAAAGGGAAGGAGCGGCAAGGCCGGGCGGUCUUCAAGGCGGGGGGCGCAUACGAAAUCAUGUUUUGGACCGAUAAGUCAUAA